AGAGUAAUAGAGUCUAAGUGGUCAGAAAAAGAACAGUCCAAAAAGAUAUGGCAAACUGGUGUUUUAUGUUACUGGUUGUUCUGGCAGUAGUAGCACAAACUAUUACUGCUAGAGAUGUUCCCAGUGAGACCAACAAUGGUGUUGCUGGUCUUACGGAUCAAAAAAAUGUUGCGACUUUUGGUGGAUUAGGUGGCUUUGCUGGCUUUGGUAAUGAUGGCCAACCAAUUGGUGGUGGUGGAAUGGGAAUGGGCGUAGGUGGUGAUUUUGGUGGUGGACACCAGGGAAUUGGAGGCAUUGGUGCGGGUUACCAGUAUGGGGGACCAGGUGCGGCGGCAGGUGGUGUAGGAACUUUUGGAGGUCUUGCUAAUGGUUUUGCUGGCUUACCGGCUCUUGGUGGUGGUGGACUUGGUGGAGGAGGACCUGGUGCAGGAGCCGAUGUUGGUGCGGAUCCACUUCCUUGAAAAUGGUUGUUGUAACCAUAGCUAUGUUAGUUUGUGUUUUGAGAGGUUUUUAUUAGUCUAUUUUGUCCUCGUAAAGUACGUCUUGUUUCUGCCUAAAAAGAGAGCACCACUCUUCAGCUAUAAGGUUAUUUUUGUCAUUUAUCAUGUGAUGUAUUUGGAGAAUUUUUUAGGUUUUUUUCAUUCUCGUUUAUCGUUAUAACAU